UUUUUCUGACACACGCAAUAUGGCGUCAAUACUACGGCAAGUUUAUUAGACCAUAUUAGUUGGAUUGGCGCCUGUGAUUGGCUAGCGGGGAUCUGAGCGCUAACUUUUGCAUUGUAGGGGACAAUUCGACUUGUUUCCUCCAGUAGGUCGGUCAGUGUGUACAUGUCACUGUGUGCUAUUAACUGCAAUGGCGGCCAAUCCCUGGGACCCCGUCCAGCCCACUGCUGCCGCCCUACUGCUGGAGAGGUGCCUGGGGGCCGGCGUCCUGACACAGAAUAUUCUGGAUCAAGCAUGGGAAGAGACCGUGUGCUUUCGUCGUGUAGAAGAGCUGGAAAAGAUAUCUGCAGUACAGGCUGAAAUCAACCAGAAGAGGCUGGAACUAGAAUUGCUGAGGCUGGAGAAGGAGACGGCAGAUAUUGCACAUCCGUUUUUUCUCAGUAAAAAAUACGAGGCCCUGCAAGCAAUAAACAGCCACCUGACGGCAGUUCUGAGAGAGAAACGGAGUCUGAGGCAGAGACUGGCCAAACCGUUGUGCCAGGAGAACUUGCCCAUUGAAGCCUCAUAUCACAGGUUUGUUGCUGAACUGUUACCCCUUGCUGUUAAAUUCAUUGAGAAGCUAGAAGUCUAUAUCCAGACUAUCCAGACCAUUCCACAGAUACCAGAAUGUGCUAAAAACUUGGAUAAUGCUUUGGCCAGGAUGGAAUCUCUUGAGGCCGAUCUAGAAGAGUUGACUGAACAGAUCCUGACUUAUAGAGAGAGAGAAAAUAAAGUUCUCCAGAGCAGCUUCCAGGUCACUGCUGACUCACGUUCCAGCAGUAUGAAGGCAUCUACUACUUAUUUGUCAAUGGAAAAGCAUUAAUAGUCACGCUACUUAUUCUGAUUUGAGUCUGUAUCAUGUAAGAUGUAACCUAAUGCCCACACGUCUACCAUUCUCUAUGACACAGUGGCAGCAGCCAUUUUGAUUGAUAAUUUGGAUUCUAUUUAAUUUUGACCAAGAGAAUGGCUUCCUCUACUGUGUACAAGUCGCAGGUCCCUUUUAUAAAUAAUGUAUUAUUAAAUACAGUGUCUACUGGGACAUCCUUUGAAGCUGUUUGUGCGGUAUCCGGACUCAAGGUCGACAGCACAAAGGUCGACGCACCUUAGGUCGACGCCAAUUGGUCGACACACCUUAGGUCGACAUGGACAAAAGGUCAUCAUGGAAAAAGGUCGACAUGAGUUUUUCACGAUUUGUUUCUUUUUUUGAACCUUUUCAUACUUAACGAUCCACGUGGACUACGAUUGGAACGGUAAAGUGUGCUGAGCGAAGCGGUAGCGGAGCGAAGGCACCAUGCCCGAAGCAUGGCGAGCGAAGCGGUGCACUAAUUGGGGUUCCCGGUCACUCUACGAAGAAAACGACACCAAAAAAACAUAAAAAACUCAUGUCGACCUUUUUCCAUGUCGACCUAAGGUGUCGACCUUUGUGCUGUCGACCCUCAGUCCCAGACCCGUUUGUGCAUGCUCUGUUUAAAUCAAUGUCUUUUUUAACUAACAGCUGCAGUAAUUGAAGACUUGCAUAUCUAUAGGCCACUCUCUUGCCACAGGUGGACGUUCUAUGAAAACUAGAUUCAUGCCAACAGCUGCACAUGCUGAAUGGCAGAUGGACAGGAGAACAUCCUAAUUUUGUUGUGUUCCUUGCAGGUGUUCUUACUGUCUGAAGAAAAGACCUGCCAAAAUUCUUGGGUGUAUGUGUUUAGCACAUCCCAUAGUAAUGUCAGUAUGGCCGCCGUCUGCCUAUGUGUGCAGCAGUCUUCCAGUAUGGUCACCCAGGUGUGGCUAGUUUGGAAUGCGAGGUUCUUCCGCCAUGUGACCCACGUUGUGGAUAAGCAUUAUAGUUAUAGUGCAUCUACAAUCUUCUUAAUGAACAGAAUUCAAUUAUUUUAGCUAGAAACCUGCAUAAUUGGCCAUUAUUCUACUGGGGCGUGCACUUCAUAGUAACAUAUUGUCUUGCCAACAUAUGUACAGUAGGAGCUAGUAAAAUGAUUGGACAGAUUUGGUCCUGCUCUGUGACCUUUACUAAUAUGCCCCACCCCCUUGUGACUUCCCCAGUUGGAGCCUUGGAGUUUGCUACAUCCAGUCAUUUUACCCCACACUCGUUACAUAAACAAUACCAGUGAUACUGCAGCUUUAAGUAUGGAAUAAUUUUUGCUAUUGACAUUUUGUAUAUAAAUAUUUGAAAUUAAAUAUUUUUACUUGUUUUGAACAAGAA